AUGAACCCCUGUCCCUUGCGAUCGUGCUGCAAUAUCUGGGGUCAGUGCGGUGUGUCGAAAGACUUUUGCGUUGAUACGAGAGGCAACGGUGCUCCAGGGACAGCAGCUCCAGGUACCCAUGGCUGUAUUUCCAACUGCGGAAAUGCUAUCAUCCGAGGAACCGGAAAUGGUGCCAUCAAGCUUGCCUACUUUCAAGGCUACAGUCUGAGUCGCCCAUGUCUCUAUCAGGAUCCCUCCCAGAUCGACACGUCCAAAUACACACAUCUGCACUUCGCCUUCGGCACCUUGACCCCUGAUUACGAGGUUGAGGUUGGCGACACACUGGCUCAGUACCAGUUCCGCGAGUUCAAGCGCCUCCGCAAUGUCAAGAGGAUCCUGUCUUUUGGAGGUUGGGCUUUUUCCACUGACCCAGCGACAUAUCUGAUCUUCCGAAAUGGCGUCAAGCCCGAAAACCGUCGCCGUAUGGCAACAAACAUCGCAAAUUUCAUCAUCAAACAUGGUCUCAACGGCGUCGACAUUGACUGGGAGUAUCCAGGAGCCCCUGAUCUUCCAGAGUUUGAUCCCGGAAAGGCCGAAGACGGUCCCAACUACCUUGCCUUCCUGAUCAUACUCAAAACUUCGCUGCCGGGCCGGUCAACUGCCAUUGCAGCCCCUGCAUCCUAUUGGUAUCUGAAGCAUUUCCCCAUUCAGUAA